UGCGCCCGGCAUUCACACUCUGCUGCUGACAGCACGCACAUGAUGUAACUAUUUUAAACUGGCUUUUAAAGUUAGAUGUAAGACUAGAAUACAUUUUGGCCGGUAUAAAGAAACAUUCACGUUUGAUUCAGUGAAGUGAAAUUAUUUAGCAUCGUGAAUAAUUCGAGAAAACUGAAUGCUUUGGCACAAACGAGUAUGGACCGUUUCAGACUGUGCGGGGAAAAGAUGCUAAACAUCAAGAAGUUGUGGAUAUAAACGGACAGAAGAACUGUGCUCAUUCGUAAUAUCCUAUGGCUUGAAGUUUCAGACUUCUUCCCUGGCCACAGCUCAUGGAUUUCCUCACGGAGUAUCCCUACAAUGACACUUAUUAUGACAACGGGACCGGGGCACUCAACAGCACAAGUUGUGAGGCCAAGCAUCAGUAUAACUACUAUGCCAUGCUCCUGACUCUCCUCAUCUUUGUCAUUGUCUUCGGCAAUGUGUUGGUGUGCAUGGCAGUCUCCCGAGAGAAAGCGCUGCAGACCACCACUAAUUACCUUAUUGUCAGCCUGGCGGUGGCAGAUCUUCUCGUGGCCACAUUAGUUAUGCCCUGGGUGGUGUACCUUGAGGUGGUGGGGGAGUGGCGUUUCAGUAAAAUCCAUUGUGACGUGUUCGUCACCCUGGACGUCAUGAUGUGCACAGCCAGCAUUCUUAAUCUGUGCGCUAUUAGUAUUGACAGGUACACGGCUGUUGCCAUGCCGAUGUUGUACAACACACGCUACAGCUCCAAGAGACGAGUCACGGUAAUGAUCUCGGUGGUUUGGGUGCUUUCAUUCGCUAUUUCCUGCCCCCUGCUAUUUGGAUUAAAUAACACAGCUACAAGGGAUGAUACCGUAUGUGAAAUCGCCAACCCCGCUUUUGUUGUCUACUCCUCCAUAAUGUCAUUCUACGUGCCCUUCAUCGUCACCCUUCUCGUGUACGUGCAGAUCUAUGUGGUUCUUCGCAAGCGCCGAAAACGGGUCAACACUAAACGGAGCUGCAAGAAGACAGGCGCUGAUGCUCAGCCCUCUCUCAAGGAAAAGUGCACUCAUCCUGAAGAUGUGAAACUGUGCACAGUAAUCAUUAAGACCAACGGGGGUUUACCUGCCAAAAACAAGAAAGCUCAACUGAUAAAGGAGGUCCUGCACCAAGGUGCUGAUGUGGGAGUGGACAUCGUGGCAGGCACCAGCCCUCCCGAGAAAAAGAAACUGGCAUCCACUCUGGUCGUCGACCUGCCCAACCCAAGUCCAAUCCAUGCCUCUCCCUCCCAUGAUGAAUGUCAGUCAAAUGGAGAUGAGAAAAAUGGGCAUGCCAAGGAGGUCCAGACCCCUAAAGAAGCCAAACCUGUUGAAACUCAGGCACUGCCCAAUGGCAAAACCCGAACUACAGUGACCAAAACCAUGAGCAAGAGAAAGAUGUCUCAGCAUAAAGAAAAGAAGGCUACUCAGAUGCUGGCUAUUGUUCUAGGUGUUUUCAUUAUUUGCUGGCUGCCCUUUUUUAUUACUCACAUUUUGAAAACUCACUGCACAAGCUGCGUGGUGCCACUGGAAAUGUACAAUGCCUUCACUUGGCUGGGAUAUGUGAACAGUGCCGUCAACCCCAUCAUAUAUACCACUUUCAAUGUGGAGUUCAGAAAGGCUUUCAUAAAGAUAUUGCACUGCUGAGGACAUUAUUCACUGCACGUGUAGAAGAGGAGAGAUGGAGGAUUUCACAAGAGGUUAGUACCAUCUUUCAACGCAAUGUGAAAUGAGGGAUUUACAAAGCCAUUCUUUUAGGGCAAAGCGGAAGAACUCAUUACAGAAAAUGGAGGUUCAAAUGAAUGUCAAAGUAGAGUUUUAUUUGCGUGUCUCCAUUAUAUCUGGCAGCGGAGUGCACAUGUGAACGUGUUUAUUCUCUUUGGAACUGGAGUGUGAAUGUGAUUAAUUGUAGAACUGAAGUAAAUUUGAGAUGAUCAGUAAUUAGAUCUUGCCACAGAUAUUUAUGCAAGCAGAGAUCUGAAUGUCGUAAUUACAUCAUUAUAUCCAUUUAGUGGCAAGCAACUGGUUACAAAAUGCUUACAGCUCUGUUUAUUCAAGUAUUUAUUUAAUCACCAAUCUAUUUAUUUGUUUGAGAACUUGUUAAUUAAGAGGUAGCUAUUGUAAAGACAAAUACAUAAGGUGAAAAUGCCAUCUAAAGUUUUAUAAAGCCAGAACACAAAGAUAUUAAAGGUGCACUCAGUAAUGUUUUGUUUAUGUUGUGCUGCUCAUUUUAAACAUAUGCUGACACCCAGGGGUCUGGAGUCCAGAAUUAUGCAAUUUAAAGGAACCGUUUACCCAGAAAUUAACAUUUGCUGAAAAUGUACUCACCCUCGAGCCAUCCAAGAUGUAUUUGAGUUUGUUUAUUCAAUUUAUUAGCAUUACAUCACUUGUUCACCAAUGGAUCAUCUGCA